GUUUCCCGCCGGCUGGGCGCCCGUUUGGACGCGCGCGUGCACGGCUGCGCUGCGACCGUGUGUGAGGUGCUUGCGGGGCCGCAGGGGCUGGGCUCGGAGAGCCGCGAGGAGCAGGCGGCUGCGUGUGGCGCGCUGGGGGCCGCAAUGAGCUGCGCGCCCACUGCCAUGUACGGACACGUGCAGGCGGUGCUUCGCUCGCUGCUGGUUCGCUCCGAGCACGACGCACUCACCGAGGCCGACAAGGAGGUGUACGACACCCCAGAGGGCAUCCUCUCCUCCGAGCGCAUCCCCGCCGGCGUGUACGUACCCGAGGUGGUGGUCAACAAGAACGUCAAGAAGCCGCGAGGCCGCUUCAAGAUGGACAACCGCGCCUUUGCGGAUGACGAUGAC